AUGGCCGAGGAGGGGAGGUCCCUCUCCCCUGCAGAGCUGGAGUUAAGACGCAGGCUUAAGCUUUCUUAUCUCGGCCUCCUUUCCUUCCGGAAGAUCUUCUCCAAGGUCCUCGCCAACAGGCUGGCCCCGCUCCUGCCAACGCUGGUCUCCAAAUGCCAAAGCGCCUUUGUGCAGAAGUGCCCCAUCCACAACAACUUCUUGCAUGUCCAGAAUCACAUAAAGGACCUGCAUCGUCGGAACAUCCCGGGCCUCUUCCUCAAGCUGGACAUUUCAAAAGCCUUCGACUCCGUCAAUUGGGCCUUCCUGCUGGAGGUCAUGCAACGCCUCGGCUUUGGGCAGCGGUGGCGAGACUAG